AUGGGUUGGAAUUGUUCCGUUUGGGUGGUAUUUACCUUUCUGGUUCUCUACUCAAGGAAAACAGCCACAUAUGAAGGAAAUAGCCUGUCUGCAUCUGGCUACCAUCUAUGUAUUUACAACGAGACCCGCAAUUUGAGUUCCCUCGUGCUGCGACGGGUUCCUUAUACUGUGAGCAAGAGUUGCGGUGGCUGGCUUUUUUGGAUGGUGUGUCCAGUGACACUUUACAGAAUAGUUCAUCAAACUGAACACACGAUGCUGGAGGAGCAGGUGACCAGAUGCUGCCAUGGUUACGUACCAAUCGGAAGCUACUGUGCCCUGUCCUUAAAUUAUAGUGAGGAGUUUCUGACCAAACCUGGAUCCUGCCCAACUACAAAUGGAUCUUACUCUGAUGUUGAUGACUGUGACUGGGACAUAGAUUGUCCAGUGCAGCAAAAGUGCUGUGAGAGAUCAGGUCACCUUUUCUGCACUAACCCUGAAAGGUCAGCAAAUUACACACAGAAUGGGAGGAGCAGAUUCAAUGCAACAGUGACAGUGAAGACAGAUUAUGAGCAAUUGAUGAACAAUGGAGCGCUCCUUAACCAUACAAGAUUACUUCAAGCAAUGGUAACUGGAGCACUGCAGUUUGUCAAUUUUUCAGUCUAUUACCUCGCUUCCUGGCCUGUGCACCCUUAUAGAACUGCCACAUCGCUGUUGAUAGACUGCAGCCUUUCUCUUUCACUGCACAACAUCACAUCAAAGCUGCAUUUCCUCCUCAAACACAUACCCGAGGUGUCAGCUGUGACCGUUGGAGAUGUAAACGAGUGUGCGCAUCCUACUCUCCAUCAGUGCUCUCCACUGGCGCAAUGUAGCAACACAGUUGGUUCAUACCAGUGCGAGUGCCGUGGAGGCUAUCUUGAUGUUGACCCCAGCAAUCCUGGAACUCAUUGUGCAGAUACAAACAACAUUACCAUACAAGCCACCACAGAAGUCCCACCAUGUUCCACUUCACUGAUGAACAUAACUUCACUUCGGACUGCCGACAACGAAACUGUGGUUAGCUACCCUGUCACUGCAAACAACGUGUCCACGCCUUCAUUGAACACAAGUGCUGUCUUUCAAACUACAACGGAUGUGCUCACACUCACUCUCUGCACUUUUCCAGCCUCCCCUGGCAUCAGCAGAUUACAGUCUGCCAACAUCACUGGCACUUCUUUUUGUGUUUACUGGUCCAGCCUAAUCCCAGCAAACCAGACUUACUUGGUGGUUCUUAGUGAGGGCUCAGAGGUUAUUAGUAAAUGGACAACUGAGCAGACCAUGUUGGAACUGAAGAAUCUGCAACCAGGGGUUCUCUACAAUGUCACUGUUAAACUCCACACAAAUGAAAGCCAUUACAUUGCAAUCAAAACUGAUGCUCAAACCCUUGAUGCCACCACUCGACUAACCAACAUCCCGUUCACCGAAGACCUACACAAUACGAGCAGCCAGGCCUACAAAAAUCUUACUGCAAGCAUUUUAGACGAGAUCUAUCGAUCUCUGACACAAGAGAUAAAGGCAAUGGUGAAUUCAGGUCAGGUGAGAAUUGAGAUCAGGCAUCUUUCCCCAGGCAGUGUGGUGGUCAACUUCACAGUAAUCUUCAGCCCAGAUCAAGAACAAGACAUCAGAAACACAUCAUCAGCACUUCUCUAUUCACUAAUGAACAGCUCUAUAUACGUUAUGGAUGAAAACAACACAAUCAUCAGUGAUUUUGAUGAAUGUGUUCCAUUAGAAAAUGAUUGUUCCCAGUGGGCCGAAUGUACAAACACGUGGGGCUCCUACACAUGUUCUUGUCUAGAUGGAUUUUUGGACACUGAACCACAAAGGCCUGGUAGAGCCUGUCAAGCUAUCAUGGAGACAACAGCAUUGUUAUCCACAGUCAGCACUUUCCCUUUAUCUCGAUUAAUAACAUCAACUUAUCCUCCUAAUGGUCCAACAACUAUGACGAUGGUGCCAACAACCAGACCAAAUCUUCCAACAACCAUCACAACUGUACCAACAACUACCUCUAAUGUUCAAACAACAAUCACGAUGGUACCAACAAUUACCUCUAAUGCACUAACAACCCUCACUAUGGUCCCAACAACAACCCCUAUUCCUGCUACAACCUCCACCACAGUAUCAACAACCAUCACUCGGGUGACAACAGACACAACUUCUGCACCACCCACAACUCCUAAUGGUCCAACAACUAUGACGAUGGUGCCAACAACCAGACCAAAUCUUGCGACAACCUUCACAACUGUACCAACAACUACCCCUAACGUUCAAACAACAAUCACGAUGGUACCAACAAUUACCUCUAAUGCACCAACAACCCUCACUAUGCUCCCAAAAACAAACCCUACAACCUCCUCCAUAUUAACAACAACUGUGAUCACUGUACCAACAGCUGUCACUGUAACGCCAAAAGAUGCAAAUAACACACCAACAACAACUCCUAGUGGUCCAACAACCAUCACGAUGGUAUCAACUGCGGCCACAACUUCUACCGCAGUAUUGACAACUGUAACCACUGAACCAACAAGCAACCCCAUUGCAUCAACCACUCAUGUAAUUCAAACCACAACGCGACCCACAAAUGAACUCACAACCGAAAAUAUAGACCUGGCCUCUAAUGAUACGUCCAAUAGAAUGUAUUCAAUUCUGGGUGAUAUUUCAGUUGAUUGCACAGUUACUGGCAUUACAGUCACAGUGGCUAGAGAGUUUCUAGUUAAUCACAACAUCAAAGAGACAACCCUGUACCUCGGCCAUGAUAAGUGCGGGGUCACUAGGUUCAAUGCCAGCCAUGCUCAGCUGAUUGUGGAGUGGAAUGAGUGCGGCAUAAUAUUUGCACAAAAUGAAUCCUACUACACGGCUUCUGUUACUCUGUUCAGCAACAUGGAAACAUACCUGUCACCCAGCGGAACACUGGAGACACCCAAACUACGCCUGGAAGUUCCCAUAAUAUGCACCUACAUGAGGAGCAUGCUCAUGUCUGCUGACUUUGGCUCCAUGGGGUAUGAAUUAAUACAAGAUGUGAUUACAAGUUCGGGGAUGUUCCAGGUCACAGUACAGCUGUUGAACGGUACAUUUCCAUUACCUUACAACUACAGCUUAUCUCCGGAGGAGGCUGUGGUGGUAGAAGUGAGCAUGAAUACUUCAGCAGAAGAGAUCAAAGUAGUGAUCUACUCAUGCUGGGCUACUCCUACGCAAAAUCCGUUUGACGACAAACGCUUCGUCUUCCUGGACAACAGAUGUGCCCUCAACAUGUACACUGUUGUGUUGAUGAACGGAAACUCCAGCACAUCUCGUGUGUCCGUACAGAUAUUCUCCUUUGUCGAUGUCAAUUUGAUAUAUCUGCACUGCCACGUUCAGAUAUGUAUGCAGAUCGGAUCAGACACAUGUGUCCCUGAUUGCAUGCAAAGAACAUCUUCGUCUUCCAACAUCAUUGGAAGAAUGUUCGGUUCUACUGGGCCUUUGAUUAUGUCUGAGGAAGGGUCUCCAGAGAGUGAAUAUGACAAAAUCCAAAUGAUUGGACUGUGCAUCCUUGGAGUUGUUAUAGUACUCUUCUUCGUUAUCGGAUCUGCCUGUCUCUUCUACUAUCAAAGGAAUCGCAUUGGACAUUACAAUUUCAAUGCCAACUCCCAGUCACUACACAUCACUGAUAUCAACUUGAAUGCUUAAGUUUCAAUGCUGAACUAUUUGUGCCUUAAUGGUUUGUCAAUAGGGUUCCAUCGAGUUAAGGGAUGUCCAACA